UGCGAUACUCCAUGGCAUGCAAUUACUGAUGCUUUAAAGCACAUAAAAGAUAUACAUCAGGAUAUAGAUGUCAUAUAUUUUACUGGUGAUAUAAUAGACCAUGGUGUAUGGGAAACUUCAAAAGAAGGAAACAUAGAAAGUCUUAUAAAAAUUUAUAAUUACAUUAACAAUGUUUUUAAUGAUACUAUAAUAUAUCCAAUACUUGGAAAUCAUGAACCAAAUCCUUUAAAUCAAUUUGCACCAAAAAGUAUAACACAAAAUAAUUUAACAACAAAUUGGCUUUAUAAAUUAAUGGCAGAUUUAUGGAUUGAAUAUGGCUGGUUACCAGAAUCUACACGUUCUACUAUACUUCAAGGAGGAUAUUAUACUGUUAACUCAAAAAAAAAAUUUAGAAUCAUAGCUUUGAAUACUAAUGUUUGUUACAGUUACAAUUGGUGGCUUUGGUAUAGUCCAAAAGAUCCUGAUAAUCAACUACAAUGGCUUGUAAAUACUCUUUUGGAAGCAGAGAAAAAUAAUGAAUUCGUACAUAUUUUAUCCCACAUACCUGCCAAUAGUAAUAGCUGUUUAAGGACAUGGAAACGAGAAUAUUUACGAAUAAUCAAUAGAUUCUCACAUUUAAUUAAAGCUGAAUUUAAUGGACACACUCAUAAUGAUGAAAUAGCAAUAUUUUAUAAUUCUAAUAAUGAAGCAAAAAAUGUGGCCUGGAAUGGUGGUAGUAUAACAGCUUAUUCAAAAUUGAAUCCAAAUUAUAAAAUAUAUACAGUUAAUUGUAGUAAUUACGAAGUAACUGAUUACCAAAAUUGGAUGUAUGAUCUUAGUCUUGCUAAUAAGAAUAUCAAUAUAAGACCAACCUGGUAUAAAUCAUAUUCUUUUAAAACAGAAUAUGGUCUUUCAGAUUUGUCUGUCAAAUCUUUAAGCAAUUGGUUAUCUAUAGCAAUAAAGAAUGAAACGUUAUUAAACAAAUAUUACAAGAACUUUUACAAGCAAGCAAAACCUUCUUUACAAGGCAUUUGUAAUUUAAACUGUAAGAAACAAUAUUUAUGUCGUACAAUUGUACAUUUAGAAUCCAAGUCAUGUAAUGAUAUUUUAGAAGGUUAA